UUACACGGUAUCGCGCCACGGUGAGCUGCUAGCUAUGCGUGCUGGAUUUGAGUUUAUUAAUAUAGCAAAUAAAGUAACCAUGAUUAGGCAUAUUUUUCAAGUACAAGCGUAAACACAUAUCUCGAAAGCUUAUUUGAGUAUAAAAGCCCAAUAACAAGUUCGACGCUGCUUAAUUUUUGGUGCACGUUUGUCCGCAUCAUUCCAGCCAUACCAGUUCUGGAACCAUAUCGCUUCGCGUCGUGAAUAUUUUUACAGCAAAAAUGCCGGAACAAUCGGAACAUCAUCAUUUCAAAACAGGAGAGGCUUUGCCACCCCUUAAACCAGGGGUUCUUCGUCUCUACAGUAUGGCAUUCUGUCCUUUCGCUGAGAGGACAAGAUUUGUCUUGGCAGCAAAGGGUAUUGACUAUGAGUUAGUGAAUGUGAACACAUUCCAGAAGCCAGAGUGGUACUUCGACAAAAACCCAGAUGGCGUGGUCCCAACUCUGGAACAGGAUGACAAACUGAUCCAGGAAUCCAUUGUCACCUGUGAGUAUCUAGACGAACUUUACCCCGAUAUUGCUCCAAUGUUCCCAUCGGAUCCGUACCUCAGAAGCAGGGAUAAACUUUUUAUUCAGAGAUUUGGAAAGUUCAUUUCAGGUUUCUAUCUCUCGGGUAAAGAGAAGGGAGAAAACGAGGAGCUAAGGUCUGCUGCAAUCAAGAAUGUUGAAAGCGUGGAACAAGAGCUCAAGAAAAGAGGAACACCCUUCUUUUCUGGGUCAUCACCCGGUAUGGUUGACUUUUCAAUCUGGCCGUUCAUCUACCGCAUCCCGUACUCGAGAAGUCUUGGUGAUGGCGGUUUAGACUCCUUUGUUUUGUUGAAGCAGUGGAUGGAUCGAAUGCGUCAAGAUAAGAUCAUCGCUCCUAGGAUUGUAGAAGACGAAGCUCUGCUUGAAUUCAGCACUCAUUACCGUACGCCAGGGAGUAGAUUUGAUGAGAUUCAAACCAAAGCUAUCAAGUAAUGUUCAUCUCUCAGAAUGAACAACUAGAUUGGUCUUCACGGAAAGUUGAGGGUGUGGUCUUGCCUAGUUACUAAAUGUAAGAUUAUUUGGACAACUGUUUCGCAUAUGAUGCAGUUAACUGUAUCUUUUUUUUUUCUUUCUUGCAUAAACGAUGCUUAAAGGGGGUGAGAAAACAUGGCUGUGUAUAAGUGUACUCGCUUAAAUUUUUGUUAUAUUGAAGAUAUAUAAGAUAUUGAAAUGUGAAGUGCAGUACACUUUCAGCAUUUAAUUUGUAUUUUUGCCAUUACACUUAUCAGACAGUAUACCCCCAUCAUAUAGGUACUUGGCUUUAAUUAACAUUAUUGAGGGUAUAGUUGAAUCGUUGCAAUUCAACUUAAUUUUUGAAUGCCCCAAACUUAACCAUGUUAUCUCCAAACUACAAAUGUGUUAUAUUUAAUUGUGUCAAACAAUAUAAAUAUCUCGGUGUAGAAAUUUAAAGCAUUUCUAUCUAAUUCUUGUUGCUUCUGUACUAUUUUGUACUGUAUACUAUUCUAUAAUUUUGAAAAUAGUCUUUAAAGGGGAUUUUAAGGGGUCUAUUAAUUAAAAAAAAAAAGUCUCUAAUAUAGAGAUAUCGACUACCAUGAGAGGCCUGGCUGUUUUAUAGGAUCAAGGGGACACGCACAUCCUGCCAUGACUCUGAGGCGCGCCGAGUGGCCAUGGCAGGAUGUGCACGUCCCAGAGAGCCAACAGCCAGGCCUCGGAUAUUAAAGUAGUUGUAUUAUAUGUGUUUAUAUUGACACACAAAUUUAUCUUAUCCUUUUCUUGAGUAAAGAUUGGUUAAAACAUCACAGAAAGUCUGAGACACUGUCUUUUAAUCGUCGAUGGAAAGAUGACCGAAUGUUACAAUAAUUUUGGAAUCGCAGAAAAAAGCACUGAAUGGUAUCCGCGCUCGCACAAAGACAGUUUUAACAUUUCAACCAAUGGGGAUCACAGCAAAAUUUUAACUAUUUUCCCGGUACCCAGAAUCUUGCAGGAAUCUCACUCAUGAACUAUUGACCAUUACUGACAUUGUUUUUUUCUUUACGGGAAUGGCUAAAAUCAUGACUCCAAUUUCGACCAAUCAGAUGGCUAGAUUUCUAAAGAGAGGUAUAUAACAGGUAAUAAUGUCCCUCUUUUUCUGUCUGCUGUCAGAUUACCAAAACAGAUACUGUGAGAUUGAUAUUGCUAGUCCAUUCAAUAGAGAUACGAAUUGAGAUAUUUUGCAAUAAUAUAUAAAUGCCAGUCCCUCCAACACCUCUGCUAUAUAAAUCUCUAAAUAUUCUAUAUUUUAUGAAAUCUUUGUAUGUCUUGUGAAUAACCUUGAAUGAUUAAUUCCAUAAUCAUAUGAGAUAUUGAUUCAAUGCAAUAUGAUUAACUUUCACUUAUACUGAAAAUAUAUCAAUAUUUUUAAUGUAAAUUUAACAUACUCUGAAUGCUGAUUUUUAAUUCAAUAUUGUUUUCUAUCAAAAUCACAUAUAUCAUGAAUUAAAAUGAGAACUGUUAAAGAGGA